AUGAAAUCAUUUUCUAAGGUCACAAUUACGAUUUUAAUCUUUGUUUUAUGCCAAUUUGUUAUUAGUCUUCCUAUCCCUCAAAAACCCUCUAAAGCAUUAACCCUACAACUCACUGAAGAUGUUACUGUUAUACUUACCGGCCACAAUGCGGUUAAUAAUGAACCUUCAGACGUUUAUAUGACUAUAGUAGAACUUUCAAACAUUGAAAUUUCCGAAAACCAAUCUCCUGAAGUUAAUUUUUCUGAAAUCCAGUUUCCUGAAAUUAAAUUUUCUGAAAUCCAGCUUCCUGAAGUUAAGGUUCCUGAAAUCCAAUUGCCUGAAAUCCAAUUUCCUUCCCUCGAACCAAUCUUUGAAAAAAUUCGGGAAUUCUUUGAAACAAUAGUUAAAUUUAUAACAGAAUAUUAUAUCAUUUUUAUUAUUGGAUUAUUAAUAAUUGUCAUAUCUUUUAUCAGUCCUUGGCUCGUUAUUGGAUUUCUCAGACUUUUAGGAUUUGGUGCUAUUGGAAUAAUUAAAGGAAGUUGGGUGGCCAUAGCUCAGUCCUGUGGUGCUCUAGGUACUUGUGCUCCUAUCUUAGGAUCUGUAGGAUUUGGCAUCAUUGGAAUCAUUAAAGGAAGUUUGAUAGCCACAUGCCAGUCUAUUGCUGCUAUAGGUGUAGGGGAACCAAAUCUAAUCGAAAAAAAAAUGACAUCAGCUGGUAUUACUUAG